AUGAUUUUGUCGUCGAAACACCAUUUCACGAAACUUCUUUUUGAACAAGAGCAUAAAAACUUAUUACAUGCAGGACCAUUACAAUUAUUAUAUAAUAUACGAGAAACGUAUUGGCCAGUUGCCGCUCGCAACCUAGCUAGAUCUAUUGUUCAUAAAUGUAUACAAUGUUAUAGAUUAAAACCAAAAUCAGUCCAACCUAUUAUGGGAAAUUUACCAAGUGAUAGACUUUUAUCUGGUUUCCCCUUUCAAGUCACAGGUACAUAUUAUGCCGGACUUUUUCAUGUACUUAAUAAAAGGGGACGUGGAUCAAAAAUCAUGAAAGGUUAUGUUUGUCUGUUCAUAUGCUUGGCUACAAAGUCCAUUUAUCUUGAGUUUGUAAGUAGUUUUUCAACUGAAGAUUUCCUUUUGGCUCUGAAACGCUUUAUCAGUCGACGUGGAAAACCAUCUCAAAUUUAUUCAGACCACGGUACAAAUUUUAUUGGUGCAAAUAGAAACCUGAAAGCACUCUAUGAUUUUCUCACUCAAAAUGAAUGUUUAAUUAGUAAUUCUAUGAACAAUCAAGGCAUACGCUGGAACUUUAAUCCAGUCCAAGCUCCACAUUUUGGUGGAUUAUGGGAGGCUGGGGUUAAGGCAAUGAAAUAUCACUUGAAACGUGUUUCUGGUAAAUCUAACUUUACCGUUGAAGAGUUCACGACUUUGCUCUGUCAGAUAGAGCCCAUAUUAAACUCCCGUCCUCUUUGUCCGCUAUCUACUAACCCUUUAGAUCCUUCGCCUUUAACACCAGCUCACUUCAUCAUUGGUCGUCCACUAACUUCAAUUCUGGAGCCAGUUAUGAUUUUAGAAAAGGAAAGCAGGUUAUCCAGAUACCAAAAAAUCGAAAAUGCUCGGCAACACUUCUGGACGAGAUGGUAUAAGGAAUACAUUUCCGAACUUCAGCAACGAUCUAAAUGGAAGACGAACCAUGGAGAGUUGGCAGAAGAUAUAUUGGUACUUAUAAAGGAUGACAAACUUCCACCUCUUAACUGGAAAUUGGGGCGCGUAACAAAAUUAUUCCAGGGUAGUGACAAUAUCUCGCGAGCUGCAGAAAUUCUCACCAACAAUGAAACUGUCAUCAGAGAUUUUUCCAAACUGUGCCCUUUGCCGUAA